AUGGAGCUUGCAUCAUUCUUUUCGGUAUCAAAGGGCUACAUGGGUGAAUGUGGUCUUCGCUCCGGAUAUGCAGAGCUCGUAAAUGUCGAUCCACAAGUUGUCCAGGCAUUAACCAAAAUGGUAUCAGCCCGCCUGUGUGCUAAUUCUCUUGGACAGGUGGCACUAGAUGCUGCAGUGAAUCCGCCAAAGCAGGAUAACCCAUCCUACGAAAAGUGGUUUAAGGUAAUAAAAUCAAAUAAAAGCACUUCUAAGUUUAAUUUGUUAAACCCAGCACAGCAUGCAAAAAAAGAAUUUUGUAUCAUACAUUUUCUGUAA